GGCAAAUUCAAGAGAGGACUUCUGGUACUAGAUGUAAUGUUUUUGAUGUUUUCGGAAAUUGUAUUGUGUGGAAAUAAAUUGCUGGUGAUAGUGUCAACAGUUGUAGUGGUGAAUUGCGGCACCGAACAAGGAUAUGGAAGCUUUUCCUGGAGACACUUGCAGACCAGGAGCGCCGCCGCCGGUCGGGAAAAAAUUUUCGCGUAUCGUUCCGGAAGCAGCAAGUGCGAACGACGGUGCACCCCCCGCAGCUGUUAACGUUGCGGCCGAUCCGCCAGACGAAAAGGCCGCACUGAAGGAAGAUUCAGACGAAGCUACAGAUACAGUCCGAUUGUCUAACAAUUCCGUGACAGCUAUCACUAGAACUCGAACUAUUAGCGACGUUUGGGAGCAAUUACUACUGGCCUGCGGCAAAGACGGCUACGCCUGCGCCACCACGCUGACCGCUCUUGGUGACAACCCUAAUGUUCUUGAUAACCUGCUGUGCAUCGUUCCCCGGGU